AUGGCACCCCAAGUAAACGGCGAAACGCCAUCCUCUGCAUUCCUCAGCCACCUCUUCUCCUAUCCCGUAAUCUCUGAUAGCUUCAGCACCUUCAAAUCCAACCCCAUCGGCGCCAAAUCCCUCGACUUCACAACCGCCUCAUACAACAAAGUGACCGAGCUCAGCAAGCCCCUGCACCCGUUCUUCACAAAACCAUACCAAUACGUCUCUCCCUACGUCAAGAAAGCCGACUCAAUCGGCGACUCUACCCUCUCUACCAUCGACACCAAGUUCCCUGUUGUCAAGAAACCCACGGGAGAGUUAUACGAUGAGGGCAAAGCAAUUGUGUUCUUCCCGCUGAAGAAGGGGAAUGAGGGGAAGGAAUAUGUAUUUGGUAUCUUUGGCAGUGAGAAGAAGAAGGUUGGUGGAGAGGGUCUGGUUACUGUUGCGAAGGCAACGGUCGCGACAGGUCUUGUGGUUAGCAGUGAUGCGUUGAGUUGGUUGGGCGCGUUCCUUAGCAAGAAGAAGGAGCACGCGAAGGAGGUUGCGAAUGAGAAGAUGGGUAGCUAA